UUAUCGUUGUUGGUUUGUUUUUUUUUGAGGGAACUGCACAUCUAAUAAUUCAAGUGUCGGACCAUUACACAAGUCGUGUCACAUGGCGCGGGGGUAGUUACUACUACCCGAAGAUUAAGGCUAAAUUUGAAGAAUUCAACCUAUGGGACAGGGUGAGGGAAUCCCCUUUCAAACAGUUUUUUGAGAGAGAGCCCAUCCAAUUUUCAGGAGCAUUUUUUCAUCAGUUGAUGCUUCACAAAAUAAAAUCUGACAAGCCGGACGAGGUGCAUUUUUAUGUGGCAAGGAAGAGAUGUAGAUUUGUGAGGGUAGAGUUCGGCUUGGUCACCGGGUUAAACUUGUUGCCCGGCCGUACUGAGGAAGACAUCAAAGAAAAAGGAAGUUCUAACCGGUUGAUUAUGGAAUAUUUCAACGGUAGUGCUUCGAUCAGCUUCGGCCAACUGCGCAGAGUUUUUGAGAGCUGCACAGAAGCUGAUGAUGUCUACAAGUUAGGGAUGGCCUUGUUUGUUAUGGGCGUCCUCAUUGGUAAGGAGGAGAAGACUGUCGUUCCUCCUUUUCUGAUAAGAAUGGUUGAUAACCUUCCAUUCUUCUACGAGUACCCCUGGGGAAAGAUUUCUUACACCAAGCUGAUGGAAACUUGUAACAAGGAUUACUUGGAUGUGAAGAAUAAGAUGUUGAAAAAGAUUGAGAAGGGAGUCACUCAGAAGGAGGAAAAAUACUCAGCCUACGGCUAUACUGCAGCGUUGCAGUAUUGGGCAUACGAGGCCAUAUUACAGCUGGGCAACGAGUAUGCAGUGAGGAGGUCGCAUCGCUUUCCGAGAAUGGUCAACUGGGAGAGUAAGCCGAACACUACACUCGGGAAGAAUGAAGUGACCAGAUUAUUUGCUAAAAAUUUGACAGUGUACUCCAUGUUAUGUCCUCGGCCGAACGAGAUUGAGUUUGUGAGUUACAUAACCGGGGGUCAGCCUCCGUUAUUUGUUGACUUGGAGGAACUUGUGUUGGGUGAGGAUGGGCAACCAACACAGGAUGCUUUGCGAAGCCAGGUCGAAAAGCUUGCCUCCACAUUGGAAGAACGAGCGGAGGCAGCCCGAAUAUUUAAAGACUCUACACCACCUCCACCGUCUCCUCCACGUGCACCGCCUGCAGUUCCAGAUUGGUCUGGUGUUGACCCAUCUCCAGCUUCAGUUCCUGAUGGGUCUGGUGUUGACCCAUCUGCAGCUUCAGUUCCAGAUCAGUGUGGUGUUGACCCACUUGCAGCAUCACAGGAUCCUCCUGUUCCCCCGUCAGCUUCUAUUCCCAGCACCUCAGAGGCUCGCGAUCUAGUAUACCCUGCCAUUUUGGCAAGGUUGGAGACUGUGGAGAGGGGGCAGAUUGCUUUGAGGGAAGGGCAGGCCGCUCUGCUAAGAGGACAAACAGCGAUUAUGGAUCAGUUGAAGACCAUAAUGACGCUCUUGCAAGAUCCUGGAAGGCCGGCAGCAGAUUCACAGCCACACCCACAACCACAGCCACAGCCACAACCUAAAGAGGAGGCUCGGACACCGGAAGAUGACUUCAUUCUCCCAAAUGAUUACCAACCGGAUGAUGAUGACAUGUUUUGUACACCUGAGAAGACGAAUAUCACCAGCAUCGGGGAUACUCAGGAUUCUGAGGUGCAGGUGUUAGAGACAGCUCCAGAAGUCAUGGAGAACCGAAGGAAGAGAAGGCGGCCUAGGUGGUUCGCUGAGUACAGUGAAAUUAAGAAGAAGGCUAGGGCUACUUCGACACUCGUGAAUGCGGACCCACUUAGAGUGGUUGAUCGGAAGCUGCUCAAGACUUUUCACAAUUGGGUACUCGGCCAGAUUGGGAAAAAGUACCCGAGAGAGUGCUUCACCGGUCGAUACUAUUCGUCUUGGUUCCUCGAACUACAUACUCCGAAGUUUUGGCUUGGGAACGAUGUAAGUUUUUAAGACUUUUUUACUGCUUUUGCUUUUAAAGACUUUAUCUAACUCUUUUUUAUUUAAUC